GAGUUCAGACUUCUGUUAAUACGAUCUGUAUUUACCUAUGUCUGUAACAGCUGCCUCUUUCUCUUAGAUCAAUAACUCAAUUUUGUGAUCCAACUCCCAGGUCCAGCACCGACUCUUUAAUAACCCACCUAUCCUUCCAGCUACGCAGAAUCACCAUGCUGUUCAACAGCAGCUGACAUGCAUCCCGGCUGGUAGAGAUGUGCCACCUUCCUCCACUGCUAACCCAUUUUCUAGUCCUGCCAAGUUGAAACCCUCAGCUAAGCCAGACUCACAGCUCCUGAUCAUGGCAGGUAUUCAGAAGGCUGAAAAACUAGGCUCCACUAAGCUUAUGCCAGUAUCACCUGCCGAAAUUAAUGAUUCCAGAGCAAGACUCCUGUUGGAGCAUCACUCGCAGAAGAAAGAUGGACCAGCUUGUCCUAACAGAGUUGGUCUUGAAGAACAACUGAAGGCUCAGGAAGCCUCAAGGAUCAUAGUGAGAUCCCCCAGGCGAUCUCGCUCCCAAGGACGUAGUCCAACUCAAGAGUUGGGAUCUAAGGUCAUUUGUGUGUCCUCUCCCAACAUCUUCAAAGUGACAAACCCUAGGUUGUCCAUCACUGCAAGUAAGGAGGGCCUUGGAGACUCCUGUGGACCUUGGGGCAGGAGGGGCAUGAAUUCACGCAUCCUUCCAAGUACCUCGACGCCUCUAAGAAGUGUUGCAUCGCUAAAUGAUGUUUCCUUGAUGUGUGACUACAUGGUCCUCAGUGUUCCCAGCCCCCAGCAUGAGUUUAGGAGAGGGACACCUACAGAUCCCGUUGGAGAAGACCGUGAUUGUUUGCGAAGCAUCCCAGAAUUCCUUCUUUCCCCCAUGCAGCUCCCUCAUGCACAAAUGUACCAGAGAAGGGGGAAAAGCUUGGAGCAGUUCCCACGUCCUACCUUCCGCCUCUGCCCAGCACGUUCCGAUGUGAACUUAACUGCUUUGACCUCAUUGUUAUCUAGUUAUUCUUUGUCUUCCUCACUGAGUUUCCUGGCCUAUCCUCUCUGUUCAGAACUAGUUCACAGCUCCCGAGCUUUCAGAAGCCAUGACACUCCUGGGCGCCAAUCUUUGCAGAUGUCAUCAAGGUGGUUUUCUAGACCUCCUAAUUCCCUUGUGCUUCCUAGCCAGGCUUCUAGCAGUGAAAGAAACACAGUAGUUGGGCGUGCAAACAACCCGGCUAUGUCGGCAAGCACUCCCGAUGUGAGGUUCCCUGGCCGUCAUAAAUCUGAGCCACUUCUGGUGGGUGACAUCUUCCAAGGUCCCUGGCUUCCAGGCAGCUGGCGCUCUUCUUUGGGCUUCAUGCAGUUCUAGACAUAUGUGGGAACAUGCUUCUGGGGCUCAUAUUUAGUCCAAUACUUCUGGGUGUGGUUAACAUAAUCCAGCUCCCAACUAACCAAUCUAUUCCAUGAAACAAUUCCCAAGUCUUAGAGUGGGUGUUCACAUGUUAGAAGAAGAUGAAACAUUUAGAUCACUGAAUAAAUGACAGUGCUAAAUUUGGGAUUGGAGCAACUAGUAUACAAAUAAGAACAAAUAAUUGCGUGCUUUGGUUUGUUUCAUCAUUUUCUUAACACCCACUUCUUAAAAUGGGAAUAAAAA